AUGGUGGGCGAUGCGUUCGGGGCGUGCGAAGAAAAAUGCGAAGCCAUGGCUCGAAGCGUCAGGAGAAGGUUUGCAGAAGUUCUCACUACGUUCAGAGGAAGGAGCAAGAGAGAGAGCCCUCUCUUUCCUCCUGCGAUGACUCUGUCCUCCGCCCCUGACCACACCUCUGCUACAUCGAAAGUGCAACUGGAGGAGAGCGUAAUGUCGUCUUCGCAGCGGCAGAUCCAAAGGUCACACCUUGAGAGGAUGCAGAUGCUGAGCCAUUCCCUCCAUCGCCAGCAAGUUGUGUCUUGUGAUCUUGACUGCGAUGAGGACGAUCUCCCUUCGCUGGCUCUCGAGGGAAAACUAGAGGAUCUCCAUUUCAAGAGGAUGUGCAAACGAGACAAGAACGCAGAGAACAGGAUCCAGCGUGUCCUCGCAGCAUUGGAGAUGGCAUUCGAUGAGUACGAAGAUUGCAGGGUGAUGAUUCAAGACGUUAGAGGCAUGAUCUCGUCCUUUUUCGCCAUGGAGGAUGAAGCGCUGCGGUUUAUUCUGCAGGUGUGGUAUGGCACCAUCAGCCAGGUCGACGUGUGGAUGAGCGAGAUGAAGAGAGAGCUGCGAAGUAUGAGCUCGUCAUGGAUGAAGGUCUGUAAACUGUUAAUGUCUGUGUUUCCUUGCAUCUGA